AUGCGUACUGCACUUAAUAUUCAAGCACCAGUUAUUUAUGAAGAACUAUAUUCUGUUCAUGGUGAUCAAGCUCCUUGUCUUAGAACAGUUGAAAGAUGGUGUAGACGAUUCCGUGAAGGUCAAGAAGAACUUGAAAACGAAGUACGACCUGGUAGACCUAUUACUGAAACAACUCCUGAAAAUAUCGAACAAGUCCAUCUGAUUAUUGAUGAUGAUCCCUGUAUUACAAUAGAAGAAGUGCAAGAUCAAACUGGUUUAAGCUACGGUACUACUCAGCGGAUCAUCACCGACCAUCUACAGCUUACCAAAAUUACCGCUCGUUAUUUACCGAAGCAGCUUACUGAUUUCCAACGGAAUGAACGAGUUCGAAUAUGUCAACAAAAUUUAGCAAAAUUUAGAAAUGGCACAUGGCGUUUAUGUAAUGUGGUGACAGGCGACGAGUCGUGGUUUUAUCACAAGCAAAUUGGUCGAAAGUCAUCAAAUGCUGCUUGGGUGGCAAGAGGUGAUCCUCCGCCUACAAUAAUUCGCCGCAACAAAUUUGCUCCUAAAACAUUAUUUUCCAUCUUUUUCAAAUCAACUGGUCCGCUUUUGAUUUAUCAUGUGGAACGGGAGCAAACUAUCAACCAUCAAUAUUACAUCGCCAAUUGCUUGGAACCUCUUUUAGAGAAAAUCAGGCACCAACGGCCCUCAUAUGGCACAGAUCAUAUUAUACUUCAUCAAGACAAUGGAAGGCCGCAUGUUCAAAAGAAUGUGUCUGAUUACCUUGAAUCGGAAGCCAUUACAACAAUACAACAUCCACCCAAUUCUCCUGAUUUAUCACCAUGCGACUUCUGGUUAUUUGAUUUAAUCAAACGAAAUUUAAGCGAUCAUAACGAUGCCCAAUCAUUACAUGACGCUAUAACUGAGUUUAUGUACUCUUUGGAUAAAGAGGAAUAUAAAAAAACGUUUGAUAAAUGGAUUGAGAGAAUGCAGUUGUGUGUGGAUGAUCAAGGUCAUUAUUUUGAACAUUUGAUGAAAUAAAGUUUUGUUGAAUUUGCUUGUAUCUCACUUUCGUUCGAUCAACAUUCUUCUUGUAUAUUCUAAUAAGAAUAUGUGACAAAACUCCAUAACAGAUGAGAAAAGAAGAAGAUGGAAGAAAACAUAAAAGAAGAACAGGGAAAAAUCAAAAAUUGUACAGAAAUGGAUGAUAAUAUCACGUAAUACCAAAGUUAAGUUUCAUACAAAAAUAGUUCUGCUCGGAAUUUUAUUAGUAUAAUACUAGUUGGAUAGUGAUGAAAUAGUAUAGAAAAAUAGAGCUUCAUUUUCUCUAUCAUCCUAUAAAAAAAGAAUUUUUUUUUGACCCUUUUAUAAGGUAAUGAUAUGGACGCGACAUUACUUUUGGAUAGACCUAAGUAUAUAUAUAUAUAUAUAUAUUAAAUUUAAUGAAGAUUCUAAAAACUUUCAGAGUGACCCACGCACAACAUUAUUAGUACUUUUUCUUAGGUUUCUGCGAAACAAUAAAUUAUCAGGAGUUCGAUAUAAAUUACUUAAUAGGAAGCAAUAUUGGUAUCUCUUGUUUUAAAGUCAUAUGCUAGAACAAAAGAGUGGUGAGUUCGAUUUAAGUUUAUAAAUUCGAAGUUAUGUUUAUACCACUUCUUCCCGGUUCACAUGAGAAAAUGAAUACUAGUGAGUUCGGUAUUCAUUAAAGAAUAGAUAACACUAUUCACAUGUUUGUUUUUUUAGAUUUUUGCAGUACAAUGAAUUAUGAUGAGUUUGAUGUAAAUUACUUAAUAGAGAAACAAUAUUGAUGUUUCUUGUUUUACAUUCACGAGACGGAAUAAAAGAAUAUUGAGCUCGAUUUAAAUCUAUAUAUUAAAUAUGUGACUUAUACCUCUUGUUUCAGGUUCACAUGAUGAAAUGAGUACUGGUGAGUUCGAUACUAAUCUAUUAAUAGAGAAUAUUAGUCAUAUUUCUUUUUUAGUUGUUUGCGAUAGAAGUGAUGAUGGUGAGUUAAAUAUUAAAUAACUAAUAGACUGCCAUAGUAAUACUCUGUUUUAUAUUCAUUUGACAGAGUAAAAAGAUGAUUAGUACAAUGUAUUCCUACAAAGUAAAAGUAUUGUUUAUAUAUUUUUUUUAGGUUCGAAUGAUAAAAUAUGUGAUUUUAAGUUCGAUAUUAUUCAAUCAAGCGAAAACAUUAUUUAUAUUCGUUUGUUUGGUUUUUGCAAUAUAAUAAUUAAUGGUGCGUUCGGUAUGAGUUAAGUAACAAGUAACGCUCGUCGGUUAGGCUUGCUUAGCCCUCGACUGAAGAGUUAAAUUUAUUUACAUAUCAUUUUAUUUUAUUUUGUUUCUCUGAGAUAACUGAUCGUAACAUCAGAUGUAACUGAGUAUACGUGUUACAAUGCGAUGAUCCUAAUCUGUAACAGUAUAGUUAACUUAGAAUUUUAAUCAUUCUCAGAAUUAAAAUCGCGACUUUCCUCGACUGCUUAUAGAACAAAACGUUUUCAAAAAUAGGGUGUGGGUGUGGGUGUGGGUGUGGGUGGGGAUGGGGGUGUGGGUGUGGUUGUGACAUGUGCGUGUGGGUGUGGGUGCGAAUAGAAGGAAGAGAUACAUCGACACCCACACCCACACCCUUUCGAGGGUAUAUAUGUUGUUAUAUCGAUACAUGGUCUCGAUACAUCGUAGUACAUGGUGGUACAAGGUGGUACAUGGUGAUACAAGGUGGUACAUGAAUUCUAGAAGUCUAGGUUUUUCGGGGGUAUAUAUGUUGUUAUAUCGAUACAUGGUCUCGAUACAAGGUGGUACAUGGUGGUACAUGGUGAUACAAGGUGGUACACGAAUUCUAGAAUUCUAGGUUUUUGCGGAGUAUAUAUGUUGUUGUAUCGAUACAAGGUGGUAUAUGAAUUCUAGAAUUCUAGGUUUUUGCGGAGUAUAUAUGUUGUUGUGUCGAUACAUGGUCUCGAUACAAGGUGGUACAUGGUGGUACAAGGUGGUACAUGAAUUCUAGACUUCUAGGUUUUUCUGGGGUAUAUAUGUUGUUAUAGCGAUACAUGGUCUCGGUACAAGAUGGUACAUGACGGUACAAAGGGGCACAAGGUGGUACAAGGUAGUACAUAGUCAGCUGUGAACGGGGUGGUACAAGUUGUACUCGUACUUGCGCAGCCCUCACCAGGGAAGUCCCCCAACUGUCAAAUUGCUUUCGAGUCGGGAGUGUAUGCAUAAUGUAGGUCCUAAUGAGCUAUGAAUACUCUGAAAAGGAUUCGUGCUGCUAGCUUAUUGCUGCCGAGAUAUUGCAUUUUUACGGUAUUUUUAAAUAGAAAGCCGUAGUCUCCGUCAGGAACAC